AUUAGGUGUCGCGUCGCGAUACGAAGCUGCCGAUAUGAGGUAUCUACUGGGUGUGAUGUUACUGGCAUCGUCUGUGUUGUGUGAUCGUAUUGACUAUGUAGAAAACUCAAAGUUAGGCAGAAGCUACAAGUUGAUGUACAGUGCGGCGACAUGGCAGGACGCGAAGCAGACGUGCUUGAACAACAGCGGCAAGCUAGCGGUGCCUAAAUCCCAGGAUGAGUUCAACGUGAUCCAAGGUCUGAUCCGGAAGAUGCAUUAUCCCAGCAUCAUCGGCUGGACCGGCAGCAGGCUGCUGGCGUGGGUCGGCAUCAGUAGCGUUGAGGAGCCAGCGUGGAGGAAUGUAGAUGGAGAGGACAUAGAAAAUACUGGUUUUUCGACGUGGGCCAAAGGGAACGGUGAGAAAAGCAGCAACCCGAAAGAGCCUCACUGUGCUGUGAUGGACGCGGCCAACCCUGGCCUACGAAGCUACUGGUGCCACCACAAACAACCCUUCGUAUGCGAGUUUCAUCUCAACCCUUAA